GGCAGUUAAAAAGGACAAAUCAGAGGAUUCUUAUUACAGUGUCGGAUUCAUUCUAUUCUACUUUCGGAAUCGCGGGUGCGUGCGUCGUUACAGUUCCUGAAAUUGUUUGCCUUUCCAGAUUUGGGGAAGUGAAGGGAAUCACAAAGGUCAGGGCUUGUAAACCUCAAGCGCAAGCGACACACACUCAUGUCCCAAAUUCUAACCAAUCAAGGAAAAGGAACACAAAGAGAGCAAACAGCCGCCGCACGGAAAGCCGUCGUCACCCCUAUUCCCCACCAGCAAAGCAAUAUUAAUUCCUUCCUCUUUAAGGAAGGCAGGUGCGAUCCCAAUUUAAACCCAAUAACAUCCUUCCAACUUCCCAUUUCGAGUUCGUGCUUUCUGCGUGGGGUUGCUCUGUCCUCGGCCUUUCUUCGACGCUGGAGGUAAAAAGCCCUUAUCUUUGCUUUAGAAUUGUAUCGACUUGUGUACUUGAACUAGUUAACUUCUCUAUGCCAUUGAUAUAUGGAUUCGGUUUCUUUCUCCAAUUGAGUAAUCCGCUUUCAGCGCGUUAUUUUGGAUUAAAGCAAAUCCAGCUUCGCCUCUGCUAUUGCCUCGUAGAUCCAGUCUGCAAUAUGAAAUUUGGAAGUCUUGCUGAUAUGAUUUUCGAUGUAAAGUUUCAACCUUUAUGGUCUGCCUGAUAAAUGGUUGACCAGGAAGCUGAUUUUCUUGCCACCAUCGUUGUUUCGUUCUUAUUUUUUCCUUGAGAUCCUUGCCUUGUGCCUUGAACGUCGAAUUCCCUGUUAGCCCAAGCCAAGCCAAUCCUAGGAAUGGGGUUUUGGACUUGGUCAUGAACAGAACUAGAGUGGCUGUUUAACUUUGAUUUGAAUUCACUUGGUGGGUUGAUUCCAAUGGAAACCUUAAAGGUCUGUUUAUGUACUGCCUUCCAAUAACAGUGUGAUUGAUUGCAAUUCGUUUGUUGUUUUUCCUUGAUGUGCAGAAAGUAUAUUAGAGUUUGGCAGCCUGGUUACAUAAUCAGCUAAGACGGGCAGAGUUUAUGUUUGAGAACUGAAAUAAUUGCUGUUGAUUCUUUAAACAGUAGAUAUGGAAACAGUUAACGAUGAGUUAGAAAUAAGUCAUGUUGUGGUAGAAAGGAAGGAAACACCAACGAAUCCGGAAAAUGUUGAUAGUACUAGUGCUACUGAAAAGGUCGAAGCAGGUAGCCUGCCUAUUUGUGAUAUAAAUAAAAGUAUCUUGGCUGUAAGUUUCUCUGAUGACAAUGAAGACAGUGGAACAGCAGUCACUGCAACUACGAGCAGUGUCGAUGGUUUUGAAGAAACCAUCAUGUUUCCAUUUUAUGUAAGGUUUCCUUCACAAUGUUCUAGGAGGAAGAAGCUGCUUAUUCUUGAUUUGAAUGGGCUUCUUGUCGAUGUAGUAACUUGUCCUCCAAAGGAUCGUACUCCAGACAAACGAGUUGGAAUUCGAUCAUUUUUUGUAAGGCCAGGUUAUCUGGAUUUUCUCAAUUUCUGCUAUCAAAGAUUUGAAGUAGCUGUCUGGUCAUCAAGAACAAGAAAGAACAUCAAUAUCCUGAUUGAUUACUUGUUUGGAGAUAUGAAGAGCAGUUUGUUAUUUUGUUGGGAUCUGUCCCAUUGCACAACAACACAGUUCAAGACAUUAGAGAACAAGCACAAACCUCUGGUGUUCAAAGAACUGACAAAGGUUUGGAAUAAAGAGGACCCUCAACUUCCAUGGGAGAAAGGGUACUUCAAUGAAUCAAACACGCUGUUAGUGGAUGACUCUCCUUACAAAGCAUUACUUAACCCUAUUAACUCUGGCAUCCAUCCUCAUCCCUACAGUUAUGAGGAUCUCAACGAUAACUCACUAGGUGCUGAUGGUGACUUGAGAGUAUAUCUUGAACAGUUAUCUGAAGCGGUGAAUGUACAGAAGUUCGUUGAGACGAACCCAUUUGGUCAAAAGGCUAUUGCUGAAGGGAAUGCAGAAUGGAGCUUUUACCAUGAAGUUGUAAGCACAUUGUAUCCUUCUCGAGUUGAAGACGGGAAAUACGUCUCUUCGGUGUUAACUUGAUGGAAGAAAGCCCUGUAGGUCGGGUAGGAAAGUAGCCAAGCAUUUUCCUCCAGUCAUUUGAAUAUAGACAAACCCGUGAUUGAAUAUAGUUGAAUGACAACUACAAGGCAGAGACCUGCAAUUUCUUCUCAAGAGUUAUUUGGGGAGGGAGUUUGUUGUUUUAGUUAGUUUCAGGCUUCAGUUUACUUUGCUUUUGGAGAAAACAAAAAAGACUAGGCUAGAAGUUGCACAUAGGUCUUUUAGUGGGGGAAUUCCACAUAUCGAGGGUUCCAUGAUGAGCAACAACAACAUGGUUUGUUGAAUGUGUCUCUACUAGCUAUUGGGUUUAGCUAUUUCCCAUCAGAUGAUAAAUGAUAAAUCUGUUUGUAUUUUAGGGUAUCAUCGAGGGUUCCAUGAUGAGCAACAACAAUGACUUAACUCUUAUUUUCACGAAUAAUCACGUAAAGUGGUCAAUGAUUGAUCACUAGGACGAAGUUCACUCGCAGAGAAUUAAACUUUUGCCCUAAUGAUUAAAGGAUGAGACAUUAAACCACAUAAACGGAAAAUGAUUGGUCAUAAGCGAAGUUGUCAGAUUGGUUCAAAUUGUUAUGCUAACGAAGUAUUUUUUUACAAUUGAAUGGUAUGACUAGUGGUACAAUUGACUAUGCCGAUUUUAUUAGAAUAAAUAGAAAAAGUAGAAAAUAAUUAACACCAAAUGAAUUAAUUAGAAAAAUCGACUAUGACGGUUUUAAUAGAAUAAAUAGAUAAGGUAGAAAAUAAUUAACACCAAAUGAAUUAGUUAGAAAAAUGCAAUUAAGAGAGUUAAUUCACAUAAAGUCAUUUAUAUUCGGGAAUUAGUAACUCAAAUAAACAAAUAGAAACAUAAAUAAUAUGUAUAAAAUGAAUUUUAUUAAUGUUUACAAUGACCAUUUAUGUAAAAUCUAGUUUAAAUCGUUCAAUAUUUAAGGUUAAUAUGUAUCACAAAAUUCUCUGUAGCAGCCUAUAGGUGUACAAUAGAAAGGAGUGAACAUGAUGAACUUGGGCUGAGCUAUCUAGCUAUCUAGUCAGAUACAAUCAACCAAUUUUCUAGCUAUCUAGUCAGAUCAACCAAUUUUCUCGAUUUUGACAGAAGAUGUAAAUCGAUCUCUUUUUCGUCUCGUUUGGUGACCCAUACCGAUAGUACUCGACAACUGUAUUUGACAAUCAUGGUCACAAGAUGAGCUCCAUUUGUAUUGAUGAGAAUCAAAUUCUCUCUUAUAAUGAUUAAAGAACGAUACAAUCAACAAUCAAAACCACAUCCUUAGUUGAAAUCCCUAGAUUUAUGAGGACUUCCAAAACAAAUUGGGCCGCAAUGGAGAAAUGUACAUGUUUGGACCUAGCAAUGACAAAUACGUAUUACUCUCUUAGCUAAAUGGAGAUCACCAUGGGACUAAUUUCAUGAACCUUAUAAUUUUAUUAGAAACGACCCAUACAUAGUUCUGACUAGUGACGACACAACAUUUUUUAACGUAUGUCCAUAAAUGUAUGGCAUCCCAAAAACCGCCGGAGUCGGCCAAAACUUCCCCGUUAGUCCCACACCGUGACCAUCAGAUCACUUAUAUAGUAUUUGGUGGCGAGCACUUCUACUAUGCUAUAUAACAUUGGUGUUUUAAUGUACAACUCAAAGUUGUAUCAUAACAUUAAAUGUACAAGUUUAGGUUGUACCAUAAAACAAUUUGUAUCAUUAUGUUAUGAUACAACUUUACAACUUGAAGUUGUACCAUCACAUAAAAGUACAAGUUCAAGUUGUAUCAUAAAAGAAUUUGUACAAAAAGUAUAAGUAUAAUCUGAAGGUGUAUUAUAACGCAAAUGACCAGUAAUGUCACCAAAAGUGACGCCGAAAUACCCUCCUUGAUUGUCCAAAUUCUAAUUGAUAAUCAUAUGCGUAAUAAUCUACAUACUUUGGG